AAUACCGUGAAAUGGGCGUCAGACAUGAUUAUCCCUCAUACUCUGCUCUUGUCUACAAGCUCGCCCGCUCUCGCGAUUUCGAGGCUGUUGAAGGGCUUCUUGAUUACAUACGGGACAAUGACAUUCGAUGCAAAGAAACCAUUUUCAUUGCAUUAAUCCAACAUUACGGGAAAUCCCAUCUGCCCAAUAAAGCUAUUGAACUCUUCCACAAAAUGCCCGCCUUUAAUUGUGUCCGCUCAUUGCAGUCUUUCAAUACUCUUCUUAACGUUCUUGUCGAUACAGAUCGUUUAUGUGAUGCGAAUGGCAUCUUUGAUCGUUCGUCCAAAAUGGGUUUUCGGCCUAACGCCGUUUCAUUUAAUAUAAUGAUCAAGGGGUAUCUUGAAAAGGGUGAGUGGGAUCGGGCAUGCCAGGUGUUUGAUGAAAUGCUUGAGAGAGAGGUGCAGCCUAGUGUCGUGACUUACAAUAGUCUUAUUGGAUUUUUGUGUAAAAGGGGUGAUUUGGAUAGAGCUAGAGGUUUGCUCAAGGGCAUGACCCAGAAAGGGAAACGCCCGAAUGCUGUUACGUAUGCGUUGUUUAUGGAGGGAUUGUGCUCUCUAGGUAAGCACAAGGAAGCAAAGAAAAUGAUGUUCGAUAUGGAGUACCGAGGAUGUAAGCCACGUCUAGUUAAUUUUGGUGUUUUGAUGAGUGACCUUGGGAAGAGAGGGAAGAUUGAAGAGGCAAAAUCCUUGCUUGUUGAAAUGAAGAGAAAGCGGUUUAAGCCAGAUGUUGUGACCUACAAUAUAGUUAUAAAUUAUCUUUGCAAAGAAGGUAGAACUGCAGAGGCUUAUAAAGUCCUGGUUGAAAUGCAGGUUGAAGGUUGUGAGCCAAAUUCUGCAACAUACAGGAUGAUAGUUGAUGGAUUUUGCCAGGCUGGGGAUUUUGAGAAAGCUUUGAGAGUUUUGAAUGCAAUGUUAAUGAGUAGGCAUUGCCCACGUUCAGAAACAUUUUGUUGUUUGGUUGUGGGCCUAGUUAAAUGUGGGAAGUUGGAAGAUGCUUGCUAUGUUUUGGAAGAGAUGGAGAAGAGGAAGAUGAGAUUUCACAUGGAGGCUUGGCAAGGUCUUAUCAUGUGUGCUUGUGGUGGGGAUAGAUGUGCACAUGGGCUUGUGAAUGAAUUGGUCACUGUCCAUUAGUUGGCUUUAGAGAAGAGUGGAGAAUUCUGGAGCCUAUUGCAAUGUUCUGUUUCUACUUAGGUGUUCUUCAUACGGAGGUUCUGAUCUCUGUUCUUGAUUAUAGUUGCUUUUCCAUGAAGUUUUUUAGUCAUCUAAACCAGUGCUUUGUGUUAGCACAUUGGUGAUUAUUGAAAAAAUGUUUUAAGAGUUACGGAGGGUUGAUGUCAUGGCCCUUUUCAUUUCUGUUGAAUAUAAUCUUAGCUCGGUUUUGACAUCCAAACUUUCAAUGUUGGAAAACUGGUGCUUGGAGUUAGCAAGAAGACUGUGGCUGUAUACUUUUUGGGUUAGGAAAUUUGUGGCACCUGAAUGUCAAUGGUGCAAAUAGGAAGUUAAAAAAUGUGUGAAAAAUGAAUUUGAGUGAUGCGCCAAAUUGAUGAGAAAUUCGAAGAGUGUUCUAUGCAAUUUUUGUCAUUUUGCUGCGACUAUGAAGCGCUUCUGCAUGAAGGCCCUGCUUCCAGUAGGCAGUCUGAUGUUUUUCCAUGACUCAUGGCAAACCCCAAAGUCUGCUUCUGUUCCUCCUGUGACCAUACUUUACCUUCUUCUGGUGGCUGCUGCUUCCGCUCAAAUUCUGGACGAGGACCAACCACCAGUCCCUGCAGUCACGCCCAAUGAUCCAGAUUCAGCCAAAACAUCUGUUUCCAGUGACACACCAGUGGCCACAGCCCCACAGGGGGCCCCAGCGACAUAUGCAGAUACCCACCAUGCAUUGUCCUUCUUCAUGCAUGAUAUUCAGGGUGGUUCAAAUCCUUCAGCUCGACCUGUGACUGAAAUCAUUAGCAACUCAGCUGUCAACGGCCAGGUACCCUUUGCCAAGCCCAGCGGUGCAGUCCUCCCCUUUAACAAUGGCAUUCCCUUGAACAAUGGCAACAACAAUGAACUCAUGACCAACAACAAUCCAUUCCUGACUGGCCUCGGCGGAGGCACAUCUAAUGUUAUUCAGAACAAUGGGAACAACUUGAUGAAUGGGGUUCCAGUCAUCAAUAGUGCACAUAUCCCUGGAGGUACUACCAUUCAGAAGCUAAUGUUUGGGACAAUGACAGUCAUAGACGAUGAGCUAACUGAAGGGCAUGAACUUGGGUCACGUUUGGUGGGCAAGGCACAGGGAUUUUACGUAGCGAGUUCAAUGGAUGGAAGCUGCCACACCAUGGCUUUCACUGCCAUGUUUCAGAGUGGAAACUAUGUCAAUAGCCUCAACUUCUUCGGUGUUCAUCAAAUGGGUAUCUCAGAAUCCCAGCUUGCUGUCAUGGGCGGUUACCGGAAAGUAUGUUGAUGCAAAGGGUUAUGCGACAGUGAAGACCUUUUCAGACACUAACCAGCACAACACGGAAGGUGUGGAGACACUGCUGCUGAUUAUUGUGUAUCUUGCUUAAAUAUACGUUUACUAGCUAGUAUCUAUAUUUGGACAUGAACGUGAAUUCUCUGUUUCAAGUAAGCUGAAUUCUCGAGUUGUGUACUAUAAACAUUGUGCUUUUCAAUAUUGUUGCAAUUUGGGAAGCGAACCGCUGAGUGAUUACCUAAUUUGUACUUCCUAUUAUUUU